AUGGCGGAGUUGAACUCCCUCUUGCCGAUCCUGACACGUGCUGACGGCAUGAGCCGGGACAACUCGUCCUCGUUCGGAGCUCUCGGCGUCGUGCUCGUGAAGGGGGUGUUGGCCUACAUCUUGCUACGCUUGGGUAGGAGCCAAGACGGGCUGGAGGUGCUGGAGCCGGUGGUGGGCAUCCUAGCGGAAAACCCGGGGCUGCUGCGGCAGGUCAUGUGCUGGCAUUUGUCACGCUGCAUUCUGCUUGCGCUUACGAAGCUCGAAUCGCUAUGGGCCGCUUUUGAAGCCUCCCAUCGGACUAUGCCUGUGUCGGGCAUCGUCCAACAGUAA